AAAUAUGAAGCAAUUCCACCGGUAUAAAAGCAGAACGGCACCUUGGAGGAGUACCAGUGAUCUGAUUGGGUUAGGGGAAACACCAUGGCAAGAUCGGCGUUGAUAACCGUAGGGUUAGCAAUUUUCCUACAAACUUGCAACAGUGAAUUUGCCUACCCUUACACCGAAGCCAAAUUCUUGAAACAACCAUCGGUGGUCUACGUCCCGGUAUGUACCCCUGAAUGCUUCAAAUCAUCCCAUCAAACCCACCAAUCUCAUUUCACACCCAUCAGCGCGGAAAAGGCUCACUUCGGAAACCUCCCAUUGCAAAACCAUGAACACCAGCUGAAUUACCACCAAUUGGAGGGAUACCAACACCAAGUAGAGGGUAAUCAUCACGCGGAUUCGGGAAGUGCGUCUGUUUACCAGCAAAGCGACCAUCAUGGGUCGGAACACAAGCACUCCAUCCAUCACCAUGGGUCGGGGGAGAGUCACCAAAUGUUCAAACAGGAACACCAGCACCAUGGGUUGGAGGAUGAUGGCCAGCAUUACAACCAUGAACAUCACCAUCACGAAAAGGAUAAAAAUAUCAAUUAUAAGUUCGAGUAUUCGGUGAAUGACCACAAAACCGGAGAUGUGAAGCACCACAAGGAGGAGCGACAGGGGGAUGCGGUCAAUGGGGAGUACUCCCUGUUGGAGGAAGAUGGAAAUGUGAGGACCGUGAAAUAUUUCGCCGAUUGGAAGUCCGGUUUCCAUGCCCAAGUGCACAAUUCGAAGCCCCGGUCUCACGGCUGAUUUAUCCACUCUUCAUUUAAUCGUAUUCCUAGUCUCUUGUAUUUUUGUAUAAUCGUACAAAUCGAAUGUGAUAAACCGAUAGAGUUAUGUAUUGGUGUUUUUAAUAAAAUUUUGGAAAAAA